UCUUGAUGGGCGGAGCUGAGCCCCAGUGGUCCUCCUGGAACCUUGGAUCCCUUGCAGGUUUUCAUUUUUGCAGAGCUCUGUUAUCUACGGACUCUAAUAUGGACUGCAUAUAAAGAAAUUCCAUGUACUGUUAAUGGACAAAACCAUGAAUCAUUUUCUACUCUGGCAUUCAAAUCCUUGCACUUUGGGAAAGCAUGAAGUGCAACUUUUUGAAGACCCUGGGGCCUACCAUCAUUAUGCAUUCAAGAUUUGAGUGUGAAUAACUCCAUCAAGACUUAGAUCCUCCUCAGAAGCCUCAAGCCUCAUCUUCAUUAAUAUGUUCUAUUGAACCCUCUCACAAAAGUACGAGCUUCUUGGGCUGAAGUCCAUUAAAUGCGUCCCGUUUAUAUUCUUUUCUGAGUUCCCUUCAGUUUCCUCAGCCUGUCGGGGCUUUGCCCUUGCCCAGGAAGCAGUGCUUUCCAAAGCAGCCUGUGUCCUGGUGCCAUACAUUUUCACUGGAAGAGAAGCAAGCACUUGGUCUCAGAGUUUAAGAGUCCUGAUGAAAGCUUGAGUCAACAAUAAGAACUAAGAAAGUGAGGACGAAGUAAGCGGUAAGCCUGUUGGAGGUGAGCCCAUAACUCACAGGCUGUGCGGUUUGGAGAAAGGAGCCUUCACAUAACAGACACAGGGGCUCGUGCUCGUGGUCUCUUCUUCAAAAAUCUGAUAGUUGGGAAGGUCCUUUUAUGCCUCUGACCCUAUCUUAACAGAAAUCUGCUAAUAUUUUUUCCUUACCUACCUCACAGGGGUGUUGUGGGGAUUAAAUGAAAUAAUGACCGUAACAAAGACUUUUAAUUUUUUUUUUUAAUUUUUGGGUCACACCCGGCAAUGCACAAGGAUUACUCCUGGUUCAUGCACUCAGGAAUUACUCCUGGCCAUGCUCGGAGGACCAUAUGGGAUGCUGGGAAUCAAACCCGGGUCCGCCACGUGCAAGGCAAACGCCGUACCCGCUGUGCUAUUGCUCUGGCCCCCAACAAAGACUUUUAAAUGAGAAGUGCAAUAUAGACAUUUCACAGUUGCAAGCUACUUCCUGGGCUUCGGGGCUGAAAAAGGAUGGUCACUUCUACGCUCACUUUCGAGCACUAACAGGGACUGGGCUCCAUCCAUGGUCGUGGCACCCCGGCUUCCGCGGGAACCCUGCUCUGAGAACCCCCUGAGCGUCCUCCCAGGACCCGGGACACACUCAUGGCACCAUGGCCGACCCUCAGGAGCCCCUGAGCUGCUCCUCGUCCCCGCAUGUCCCCUUGAGUGAAAGCAAGACCUUGCAUGGGCUCGGGGACGAGUCUCCACCCCCGGGGGGCCAGCCGCCCCCCCAGCUCCUUAAGGACCCGCAGGACCAGGGGGCCGGACCCCCGGAGCCAGCCGAGAGCACGGGCAGCCCGGUCACCACGACAGUGCUGACCAGCGUCAGCGAGGACGCCAGGGACCAGUUCGAGAACAGCGUGCUGCAGCUGCGGGAGCACGAUGAGCCCGAGCUGGCCACGUCGCAGGGGACCCGGCCCAGCGUGGACGCAGAGAGCACGAGCGGCGCCGAGGACGUGAAGGUGCAGUUCAGCAGGACGGGCAGCGGCAGUGGGGGCUUCCUGGAGGGGCUCUUCGGCUGCCUGCGGCCCGUGUGGAACAUCAUCGGGAAGGCCUACUCCACGGACUACAAGCUCCAGCAGCAAGAUACCUGGGAAGUGCCGUUUGAGGAGAUCUCAGAGCUGCAGUGGCUGGGGAGUGGAGCCCAAGGAGCCGUCUUCCUGGGGAAGUUCCGAGCCGAGGAGGUGGCCAUCAAGAAAGUGAGAGAACAGAACGAGACAGACAUCAAGCACUUGCGGAAGCUGAAACACCCUAACAUCAUCGCUUUCAAGGGUGUUUGUACUCAGGCCCCAUGUUACUGCAUCAUCAUGGAAUAUUGUGCCCAUGGACAACUCUACGAGGUUCUGCGAGCCGGCCGGAAGAUCACGCCUCGGUUGCUGGUAGACUGGUCCACAGGAAUCGCCAGUGGGAUGAAUUAUUUGCACCUCCACAAAAUUAUCCAUCGUGAUCUGAAAUCACCUAAUGUUCUAGUGACUCACACAGAUGCAGUAAAAAUUUCCGAUUUUGGUACAUCCAAGGAACUCAGUGAUAAAAGUACAAAGAUGUCCUUUGCUGGCACAGUUGCCUGGAUGGCGCCAGAGGUGAUCCGGAAUGAACCAGUCUCUGAGAAAGUCGAUAUAUGGUCUUUCGGAGUGGUGCUGUGGGAGCUGCUGACGGGAGAGAUCCCUUACAAGGACGUAGACUCUUCAGCCAUCAUCUGGGGUGUCGGAAGCAAUAGCCUACACCUUCCAGUUCCUUCCACUUGCCCUGAUGGAUUCAAAAUCCUUAUGAAGCAAACAUGGCAGAGUAAACCUCGCAACAGACCUUCCUUCCGGCAGACCCUCAUGCAUUUAGACAUCGCGUCUGCAGAUGUACUUGCCACCCCACAAGAAACUUACUUCAAGUCUCAGGCUGAAUGGAGAGAAGAAGUGAAAAAACACUUUGAGAAGAUAAAAAGUGAAGGGACUUGUAUACACCGCUUAGAUGAAGAGCUGAUUCGAAGGCGCAGAGAAGAGCUCAGGCAUGCCUUGGAUAUUCGUGAACACUACGAACGGAAACUCGAGCGAGCUAAUAACUUAUACAUGGAGCUGAGCGCCAUCAUGCUGCAGCUGGAAAUGCGCGAGAAGGAGCUGAUUAAGCGUGAGCAAGCCGUGGAGAAAAAAUAUCCCGGAACCUACAAACGACACCCCGUGCGUCCGAUAAUCCACCCUAACACCAUGGAGAAGCUCAUGAAGAGGAAAGGUGUACCCCACAAACCCGGAACACAGACCAAACGGCCGGACCUGCUGCGGUCCGAGGGCAUCCCCAGCGCGGAGGUGGCCCCCGCCGCCUCGCCAUUGUCCGGGAGCCCCAAGACGUCCACGUCCAGCAGCAGGAGCCGCUACCGGAGCAAGCCGCGGCACCGCCGGGGCAGCAGCAGGGGCAGCCACGGCGACUUCGCGGCCUUCCUGAAGACCUCGCCGGCCCCGGAGGGCUCGCCGCAGCCCUCGUCCCUGCACGCGGCCCCGCCCGGGUCCCCCGCGCCGCCCCCGCAUCACCCGCGACUCAACACGCACGGCCAGGACAUCGCCGCCUGCGCCAACAACCUGCGGUACUUCGGGCCGGCCGCCGCGCUGCGGAGCCCGCUCAGCAACCACGCGCAGAGACGCAUGCCCGGCUCCAGCCCCGACCUCAUCUCCACCGCCGUGGCCGCGGACUGCUGGAGGGGCGCCGAGCUGGACACGGGCCCGGCCGGCCCCUGGGGCUGCUGCCAGGCCGACCACUACGACCCCUACCUCCCGCGCGGCCCGGAACACUACGGGGCCCUCCUCGCGGGCCCCUCGGCGCGGCCGGCAGAGAGGACCCCCGACCUUUCCACGUCACCAGCAACCGGUUCCCUCUCGGAAAGCACCCGCGCUUCCGAGCCAGUGCAGGACAGUGAGUUCCACGGCUGUGGGUCGGCCUCGUCCCGGGGCCUCCCUCCGCUCCACACCCCCCCAGCGCUACCUCGAAAAACAAGGCCCUUGCAGAAGAGUGGAGAUGACUCCUCUGAAGAGGAAGAAGGGGAAGUAGAUAGCGAAGUCGAAUUUCCACGAAGACAGAGACCCCACCGCUGCAUCAGCAGCUGCCAGUCCUACUCCACCUUCAGCUCCGAGAACUUCUCUGUGUCUGAUGGGGAGGAGGGGAACACCAGUGACCACUCCAACAGUCCCGACGAGUUAGCUGGCAAGCUUGAAGACCGCCUGGCCGAGAAGCUCGAUGACCUGCUCUCCCAGACGCCUGAGAUCCCCAUCGACAUCUCCUCACAUUCCGACGGGCUCUCUGACAAGGAGUGCGCCGUGCGCCGGGUCAAGACGCAGAUGUCUCUGGGCAAGCUGUGCGUGGAGGAGCGUGGCUAUGAGAAUCCUCUGCAGUUUGAAGACUCGGACUGUGACUCUUCAGAGGGGGAGUGUUCUGAUGCCACAGUCAGGACCAAUAAGCAUUACAGCUCCGCUACGUGGUAAUGAGAGAACGCCCGUCCUGAAGAGCUCCUGAUUUAACCGGCAUUUCAGAUCUGUCCAGCCCCCCAAACUCUUCCAACUCUCUCCCUGCUUUUUUGUCUCGGAAGAGAGCUACCCUAUUUUUCUUACCCCUAGAACCGAGCUGCAAUAACAGGAACAUGAGACUUCGUGAAUCUCUGGAAAAAAAAAAAUAUCCAAAUGAAAUUAAGUCUCACUGAACAUUUCAAUCAAGAAUGGCAGGGAUCUAUUUUAUUGAAUAUUCUAGCUACUGUAACAUUGAUAUUUAUUUUUGUUUGACAUUUUAACACUUUGUACUGUAAAGAGUGAACUAUAUAUGAUAGAGAGAAUAAUUUCUUGCAAAAAAAGAGAGAGAGAGAGGAAGGAUGGAAGAGAAGAAAGAAGUGGCAUUUAGGAGCAAAUACUUGAGAAUUUGUGAGGCCAGGAGGUAUUAUUGCUACUUAAACAAGGGACCAGUUCUUUUGGCCAUUAAAUGACUGGAGAGCCAGAGCAAGACAGUCUUAAGCAUUUUAGAAAACAAAGAACACCAAAAGCAAAAGGAAGUUCAGGUCACUUGUGAACAGAUCACCUUAAGUUCAACCAGCUUGUCCUCCCAGGGGAUGAAAGUGACCCUGAAACAUUUGGUGACCAGAUACUUGCAUCCAAGGUCUUUGAAGGCCUGUGUUUCCUCUACGAGGAAAAAGGAAAACUGUCUAUGUGGAAGCCGACUUUAUUUUUUAAAAUUUUAAGCAGCAUUUGGUAGUGAGACAGGUAGUGUCAAACCUUGACCCUGACCAACACGUCCCUUUUUAAUGCCAUCGUUGUCGGUCCCUGGACCAAUGUGUUCCCUUGACCAACGUGCUGAUUUUUCAGAUUCAAGUGCCAUUGUCUCCCAGUUUAUUUCCUCUCCACCCAUCAACCAGAUCCUUUAGGAAAGAAAAGGAGGAGGCUGGGUGAGAGAAAGGGUCAGAGAACAAGGACAUCUACAACAAUGUUAGAGAAGCAAACAUAGAAUCUGCGACAUACACUUAGCGUGUCUCAGUUCCGUGAUGUAGAGAAGAUGGAUUCCCCUCCCUCCCCCACCCUGCCCCACCUCCCGAGCCAGGUUGUCUACUAGAAUUAUAAGGCUUCAGACUGGAGAACAGGCUGUGAAGGCAGCUAGCUACAUGUGACUCUGUGCAAUGUCCAAACCCAGACGCACCCCGUUGUUUUCGUUCCUUAACUCAUUCUGUCCUGGAAGCUUGAGUGGCUGGCUGGUGCCGCUGCCAAAAGAAUGACCGAAUCGGCAACUUGCAAGAAGCAUUUCCCCCUCUCACCACAGUAGAAUUUUUGUGUGUGUGUGCAAGGCUCCUUGUAAAAAUAUAUUUGACUUCAUUCUGGAUUGAUGCAAUUUUAAAUCAUUGCACUGAAGACUUGGCAAGAACCACCGAUGCUAAGCGGCAGUUUGAGGGAUUUUUUUUUUUUUUACAUUGUCCAAAGCACGAGGUUCUUGUUCUCCAGGGUUUUUGAGGUCUGCAAAGCAUCCCAUGGUACUUCCGGGUGCCUCUGCUUAAAGGGCAUUUUUAUCUAGAAUGUGCUAGCAAAGUAGAUGCGUGCCUCGCUGCUGUCUCUGUCACCCAGAUCGGUGACUGUUUCACCCCCUCUCUAGACUGAAGCUGGCUAGCCCCGAUGACAGAGCUUCCUAUUGUACAUUGGGAGAGACUCACGCAUGCAGGUAUUAAGCCAUUUCUAACGCAGGUGGGAACGUGCCCUCCUUGUCUUUCACUGCUUGCAUCAGCCAAAAAGGAAAGGUAGGAGAGAAUCGGGAGCACUUCCUUUCGCCUGUGGGAGCCCUCCGUUUGUUUACAUUUUAUGUUGAGACGUUGAUUUCAAUUGUGUCUAUAAUUUAUAGCUCUUUCGGAUGAAGGAAAAAUUUUUAACUUAUACAAGAACAGUAUUGUUUGCAUUAAGUUAUUCCAUUUUGUAUCCAUUCUGUAGCUGGACUACAUGAGAGAUCUUAAGUUAUGGCAUUGUUAUCACUGUUAUUUUAUUUUAUAAUAAUGAUGCUCAUUCUCAUUUUCUGUCGAUCAGAAGGUGUGGUUUACAGUGCGGCAUAAUGAUUGUGUUUCCUGCUAACCGUGAAUUCUUGCAGAUCUUUGUGGUUUUGAUGAAGGAAUGAACGUGGAACUGCCAUGUGGGCGCUCCCUGGUAUUCAUCUCAGUUGUAUUCCCUCAUUUUCUAUGUACAACAACAAUCACCAGUGGACGUGUGUUCUGCCUGGGAGCCUGACACGCCGUGAUCAUGAAUGCUCCUGGGGGGGCGGGUGGCUGAGUGGAUGGACACACAGUUCAAAUGCUGUAAACUUUCCUAAGAAAUAAAAUCAUGGGACUCCAUUCAA